AUGAGCGAGCGUUCCCGGACACCGCUUUUGCUCUCGUUCGCAGGAGGAGCCGCAGCAGCCGCUCUAGUAAUGGCGGCCUUGGCGUAUCGAAAGUUCGACAAAGCAAACGCCGGAGCCACCGGAGAGGGUAACGAUCUGUCGCUUUUUUACGGUAAUGAAAAAGAGCUCACUAACAUAACCGAAGCCCGCAAAUUCUUACCGAAAGAAAUUUACGGACACCUUGUCCGCGACACGGUCGUUUGUUGUGUUGACAUUGUGCUGGUGCGGCACAAUGAGGAAAGAUCUUGCAAGGAAUGUUUGUUGGUUGAGCGCUCGACCGAGCCUGCCAAAGGACUCUGGUGGUGGCCUGGUGGACGCCUACUCAAAGGUGAAACCUUUUUCGACGCCGCCCGUCGCAAAGCCUUCCAGGAAACGGGUUUGACCAACGUGACACCUAUUCAAAUCUUGGGAGUAUGGAAUACCUUUUUCCCGACGUCAGCCUGGGAUACUGACUCUUCCAAAGGUACACAGACGGUGAAUCCCAUUGUGCUGGUGGAACUGAACGAUGUCGGCGGUGACGUCAAACUCGACGAGACCAGCGAAAACUAUAAAUGGAUUGAGCUGGAUCCGCAAGCGGCGAUUGCGAAUGGUGAAGAUCGUUAUGUUGUGCAGGCGCUAUUGCGCUUACAAGCUUGGACUUCGGCCUACAUAACCACCUUUUAA